AUGUCAAAACGCGAAGCAAGCUCGGAAGCUUCUGAAGAAUGGAACACAGUUGUAAAGAUUUUAGAGAAACCCAACGUGUCAAAUCGCCUCCUCGAAUACUUAUGUUUUUUAAAUAUCGCUGUCACAGAUAAACAAAGAACGCACAGAGAUUGGAUUGAAGUAAUUACCGACAUCUCGAAAGAUCAUCCUGAUGCACGGAUUCAGAAACUAGCAGAUAAAAGAUUAGAUCCUCUGCUUUCCUCCGCUUUCGGAGAGUGGUAUCAGUGGGAAGAUGGGAGCCACAGUGAUCCUCUGCUUUCAUCUUGUG